UUUGCGGGAGGGUGGGAAAGAGAGGCAAGGGGUGGGAAAGAGAGGCAGACGCUGCAGCUCUGCCCUUUCUCUGCAGCCAGGCGGCGGAAGCUUGCGGUUUGGCGUCCCUCUUCUCUUCCGGCGGCGAGCUUGGGAUGUGGUCAUGUCAGCUGGACUUCUCAGGGCCCUGACCGGGCCUCACCGUGUCUUAUCAAAAGCCCAUCGAUGCCAAAGACUCAUUCGUCGAACAGGAAAACUGCUUAAGGGAUUUGAGAGUGCAGCACGUGGCACCGUGACAAGAAGUCAAAACUUGGAUUUGUUCUUUCCUCAUACAGCAGCUGGUAGUCUGACCGAGUCCCAGAUUUUGGAAAUGAACCGGAACAUAUCGGACACAAACAUAUUCUGUGCAUUAAACACUGCAUGUUGCCGAGAUGAACGAGUGCACCUUCCACCCAGGGAGUCGGGUACUCCCUGGAAGGCGACUCACAAACCAAAUCUGUUUGGUCUUAAGUGGUUUAUAAAAAUACUAGCGAGGCAUUACUCAUCUGCAGCAACAGAAACACUGGUUUCUAAACGAGACUUUCCGCAAAUCAAGAGACCACUGAAAGCAUCGAGGACCAGGCAGCCCUCCAGGACCAACCUUCCAGUUCUGGCUGUGAACGAGGACCUGAUGCACUGCACAGCGUUUGCAACUGCGGACGAGUAUCACCUUGGCACUCUUUCUCAAGACCUGACCUCUCACGGAUAUGUUGAAGUGACAAGCUUGCCUAGAGAUGCAGCAAAUAUUUUAGUGAUGGGUGUGGAGAAGUCUGCAAAAGAAGGUGAUCCCGGAACAAUGUUCUUCUUCAGGGAAGGAGCUGCUGUGUUCUGGAAUGUAAAGGACAAAACUAUGAAGCAUGUGUUGCAAAUUCUUGAAAAACAUGAAAAGCAGCCCUAUGAAGUUGCACUGGUGCACUGGGAAAACGAGGAGCUUACCUACAUAAAAACAGAGGGGCAGUCUAAACUUCACCACGGGGAAAUCAGGUUAAAUUCAGAGCUAGAUUUAGACGACGCCAUUCUAGAGAAAUUUGCUUUCUCGAAUGCUCUUUGCCUUUCAGUGAAACUGGCCAUUUGGGAGGCAUCGCUGGACAAGUUCGUGGAGUCCAUUCAGUCAAUUCCAGAGGCUUUAAAAGCUGGGAGGAAAGUGAAACUAUCUCAUGAAGAAGUUAUGCAGAAAAUGGGUGAACUCUUUGCCCUAAGACACCGAAUCAACUUGAGUUCAGACUUCCUGAUCACGCCUGAUUUCUACUGGGACAGGGAAAACCUGGAACAGCUGUAUGAUAAGACCUGCCAGUUCCUAAGCAUCACUCGUAGAGUUAAGGUCAUGAAUGAAAAACUUCAGCACUGCAUGGAGCUAACAGAUCUAAUGCGGAACCAUCUGACUGAGAAGAGGACGCUCCGCCUGGAGUGGAUGAUCGUCAUCCUCAUCACCAUAGAGGUGAUGUUUGAACUGGGACGAGUAUGUUUCUAAUCAAGUGAUGACCAAAGGAAAAGUAUCAUUGCAAGACAUAUUCAAGCUCUACAAUCAAAGAUAAAUGUCCACUGUUGGGGAAAGUCUAUUUAAUAGGUAUUUAAUUUUUUAAAUCAAGAAGUCGCUCUUACAGUCUCUUUCAGCUCAGUGUACUGCUGCUUUAAUAAAAAUGAAGAAUCAGUGUUUGAGUCUGAAACACAGACAAUUUGAAAGGAAGAUGUUUUAUUUAAAGAACUUUGGAUAAACUUAGCAUCUAGGAACUCCAGAUAAAAUUGUUACAGCACAAGGCUGAGAUUUCAGACACUGCUCACCUCUACCCAGGGAAUCCUAAUCAUGGUCCCAGCCGAGGACCUCAGGAAUGUUAAAAUAAACAUAGAAUAAGACAGGCCCUUGUUGAUAAGAAUAUAAUUUCAUAAACCAAUUUCAGAUGGCAAAAUUUGAGGUGCAUGUUCCCUGGCACUUUUACUAAUUUAAUAAUUUCCAUCCCUUCUCUAUAAGAGAAGUUAGUCAAAAUAUUCUUCCCACAGCAGCAUAUAUUUUUUUUUCAGUUUCGCACAUACUUUAGGAAAUUUUAAAAAUACCAAGUACAAAGAAUUUAACAUUUAUAUGCUUACCAUCUUUCAUUUUUAAAAAAGCAGCCUUCAUCAUUUUUAUGCAUAACUGCCUCACUGCCUGUCCCACCAGUGAAUUUUAAGUUCUGUUUUUCUCAUAUUGAUGAAAAGGAUUCUUCCGUUCACAACUGGGACACUGUCAUUUUGCAACUCAUUUAGCUGCUAUGUAGAAUCCCACCAAGAAAAUACACCUUCAUCGCCCCCCCACCUCCCGAUGCCGUAAGUUGCCGUGGCAGUGCCCCAGUGACCGUCCGAUCUUUCACAGCACUCCACACUCUACAACAGUUCUUCCCACGGGGAGUCUUCCAUCUAAGGUACCCAUACCCCGGGAGCACCUAAGGCUUUCCAAGGAGCAUGUGGGCAUGGAUCUCAAGAACUGCUUUCUAGGUCACGUUCUGUAUGACAUCUCCAUGAAACUGCUGUGCUGCGCACACACUUGUGAUCAAUGUCAAACCUGUUCUCCUUUCCUAUCUCCCCUUCUCACAUUGUACAGAAGACGUCUCUUCCGCAGCUUGAAUCUGAGUGUGGCCCACUGUAUUUCAAAACCUUCAAGUACAUUUAACCUUUGGGAAGCCAACAGGAGGACAGUUUGAAAUACUGGUCAACAAAGCCUCCUUUAAUAAUGUUAUCCCCUAUCUAAUAAGAGGGGAAUUUAAAUAAAUAAAUAAAGUUUGACUCCAAGUA